UCCUACUCCUCGUUAUCAUUUUAUUUUGAUGGGAGAAAUCUAAACAAACCUGUUUUUGUUGAAACUUUUAGCCAAAGGUUCUUCUGAAAAAUGUCGGAAGACAACGGCGACGAUCAAUGGGGUGAAGAGUUGAAAAGGGAGCCGAACAGUCCUCCUUCCGUUUUCUCCAGAUGCAGCUCCACUGGUUCAAUUCACACGCUGUCUAGCUCUGCGCACAACACUGAUGAUGAAGAUGACAGUGGCACCGACACACGCUCAUACAAAGAACGGCGACGUGAGGCGCACACACAGGCAGAGCAGAAAAGACGUGAUGCGAUCAAAAAAGGAUAUGAUGCGCUCCAAGCUCUUGUGCCGACUUGUCAGCAAGCAGAUGCAGCAUCUGGCUACAAAUUAAGUAAAGCUACAGUUCUCCACAAAUCCAUCGAUUACAUGCAGUACUUGGCACAGCAGCGCAGAAAGCAAGAAGAGGAGCGGAAUGCCCUGAGGAAAGAAGUGAUGGCUCUAAGAAUCAUGCAGGCAAACUAUGAAAACAUGGUUCGCGCCCACCAAGCACAGCCUGGGCCAACAGAGACUAGAGUGUCUGAUGACACCAAGUUCCGAUUAUUCCGAGCCAUCCUUGACAACUUAUUCGCCAGCUUCAAUUCAUCUGUGUCGACCACCAAUUUUUCAGAGCUAUCUGGCUGUGUUUUUGCUUGGCUAGAAGAGCACUGCAAACCCCAAAGACUUCGAUUUUUGGUCCAAAGUGUGCUCGACACAUUUUCUGUGAGGAAUCCUUCCUAGUCUUGCAGUACAACCACUGGCCGCUGGUGAACAUUCUUCAAAAGAUUAUAUUUUGACCUGGUAUAUUCUAAAUUCCAUUUAUCUUUUUGUUAAGUUUAAUGGCGUCAUAAAAAUUAUCAUUGUUAAACGUCAUAGCUAUACAGUUUUAUAAUUUUUAUUGCCUGGAUGGUAACUGUCCAGAGUUUUUUGAUCAGUACAAAUGAGGCUUAUUAAUAAAAAAUGACAUUUCAAUUGGAA